AUGAGCAUGUACGGCCAGCUCGAGUUCGACGUCUUGGCCAACCCGGUCGUGUCUGCAGACAAGUCCACCGUGCGCUACGACGGGUACGCGACGUUCAUGGAGGGCGGCACGAACCACACGAUCUCGAUGAUCGCCGGCAUCGCCUACUUCAUCACGACGACAGCCGACGGUGCAGUGACCGCCGAGUGCUCGAUGUCGAGCUCGUUGGUGCUCCUUGACUACGUCAUCCCAGCUCUGAACGAAGCCACUGCCAUCUCGAGCGCGACGGUGGACGAUAAGGAGGUCACGUGCAAGAGCGGAGACCUGUUCAAGAUCACAUUGGGUGACGCAGUCUUCGUGCUCUGCGCGUCGGGCUCCUCGGGCUUUGUGGUCUACGGCAGCGACCUGGACAUCAGCGUCAAGUACAUGGACACACCCGUCCCCAUCGCAGCACCUUCAAUUAGCGAAGAUGAGGCGCGCGAGUGCCAGACCAUCGUCACGCCUUCCUCAGUGACAGCAACGACGUUAGCCCUGCUCACGGGGGAACCCAUUGCGUACGAGUCGACUACCCAGAGCCUUGCUCGCUAUUUGGGCCAUUACUUUAGUUAUGCCCGUUGA